GGCGCCGGUGGGCGGGGUCCGGGGCGAGGUCCCGCGGGCCGCUGGGAGUGGCGGCUUCGGUGCUCCCCGAGCGCCGGCGGAUCGCGGACGGAGGGCUGGGGCCGGACGGCGGAGUGUGAGCUGCGGCGCAGAUUGUUUCAGAGACCCAACUGUUGCAUAAAGCAAGGUGCCCUCUUGCAUUGCUCUGCAUGGGGUGGAUGCUCAGUAAAUUGUGCCAGGCUGCCUGAUGUCAUGUGGCCUGUGCUUUGGACCGUGGUGCGUACCUAUGCUCCCUAUGUCACCUUUCCCGUGGCCUUCGUGGUUGGGGCUGUGGGCUACCACCUGGAAUGGUUCAUCCGGGGGAAGGAUCCCCAGCCUGUGGAGGAGGAGAAGAGCAUCUCGGAGCGCCGGGAGGACCGCAAGCUGGAUGAGCUGCUAGGCAAGGACCACACCCAGGUCGUGAGCCUUAAGGACAAGCUGGAAUUUGCCCCUAAAGCUGUCCUGAACAGAAACCGCCCGGAGAAGAAUUAAUGGAGGACACAGGGCCCUAUGGGUCCUUCUGGGGGCCAGGACUGGUCCCGCCACCAUGUCGACCCAGCAACCAGAACCCACAUCUGAUUUGCUUUAUUGCUUCUUCUGGCCCCUCCCGCCCCACACAGCCACACACAUACUGGCUGCUCUGCUAUGGCCAGGCAGACACACUAGUAGCUGAGGGCCCAGUGAAGAGGAAGGCCCGUGGGGGUUCUGGCCUGAAGGCUGCCUCUGCUGGAUGGUGGCCACAGCUGCUCAGGCUUCUGCGCUGCUAGGUGCACCCCUGGGAGGAGAGUGGUGAAAUGAACAUUGGCUGUCAGUCCCUGUGGGGAGGCGGUUUGGCCUUAGGUGGGAGUGGCUGGGAUUGGGGUGAUGCCUUUAGGAGGGAUACCUACACGCCUAGUUCUAGUUUGCACUGGGAAGAGUUAAGAAAUCUCCCUGGCUCCCUUCACUAGCUUGCUCUGUCCUUUGUGCUCAUUCUCCCUGAAAUCCUGUCCGCUCAGGAAGGGGAUUCCCCUGGGAAGGAAAGCAGUUUUCUGUUCUUGGGAGCCCCGGCUGUUCACCUUGGGGCAGGUGAAUUUGCUUGAAAACAGUCACCGUCUUUCAUCCCCCACCCCGUCACUGUGUAGUGCAAAACUUGAUUAAAGUGGCGUCUGAAAACCA